AUGUCAGCAUUUUCAAUUUUAAUAUUAUUGACUGUGUGCAGUGUUUGUUAUGCUAACCCCGAUGCUAAGAGGCUGUAUGACGAUUUGUUGAGUAAUUACAAUAGACUUAUUAGACCAGUCGAUAAAAAUAACAAUACGGUACUGGUAAAACUUGGUCUCCGGCUUUCUCAACUCAUUGACCUGAAUUUGAAAGAUCAAAUUCUGACAACCAACGUCUGGCUGGAACAUGAAUGGGAAGACCACAAAUUUAAAUGGGACCCUCUCGAGUACGGUGGGGUUAAGGAACUUUAUGUUCCUUCAGAGCACAUUUGGCUUCCAGAUAUCGUUUUAUAUAACAAUGCUGACGGAGAAUAUGUCGUUACAACAAUGACGAAAGCGGUUCUUCAUCACACUGGUAAAGUACUUUGGACACCACCAGCCAUCUUCAAAUCGUCCUGCGAAAUAGAUGUCCGUUAUUUUCCAUUCGAUCAACAAACUUGUUUUCUUAAAUUUGGUUCCUGGAGUUAUGAUGGAGAUCAGAUUGAUUUAAAGCAUAUUAAUCAAAAGAAGGGUGAUAUGGUGGAGGUGGGCAUAGACCUCAGAGAAUACUAUCCUUCUGUGGAGUGGGACAUCCUUGGAGUACCAGCUGAAAGACAUGAACGUUAUUAUCCUUGCUGCCAAGAACCGUACCCUGAUAUUUUCUUCAAUAUAACUCUACGAAGGAAAACUUUAUUCUACACCGUCAAUCUUAUAGUACCAUGUGUCGGAAUAUCUUAUCUUUCCGUCCUUGUUUUUUAUUUGCCUGCGGAUUCCGGUGAAAAAAUUGCUUUAAGUAUAUCAAUACUCCUUUCUCAAACUAUGUUCUUCCUUUUAAUAUCUGAGAUUAUUCCAUCAACAUCCCUCGCCCUGCCUCUGCUCGGGAAGUAUCUUUUAUUCACUAUGUUGUUGGUGGGUCUCUCAGUAGUUAUAACGAUUAUAAUAUUAAACGUUCAUUACCGUAAACCUAGCACCCAUAAAAUGCAACCUUGGGUGAGAAAGUUCUUUAUAACGAAGUUGCCGAAGUUGCUUUUGAUGAGAGUACCGAAGGAUUUGCUUAGAGAUUUGGCUGCACAAAAGAUAGCCGGGAGAAGCAUGAAGAAUAAGUUUAAAGAUGCUUUAGCUGCAGCUGAACAGAAUAAUUCUAAUGCUUCGAGUCCUGACUCCUUACGUCAUCACCUACCAGGAGGCUGCAAUGGACUACAUACAACAACCGCUACUAAUAGAUUUAGUGGUCUUGUCGGUGCGCUUGGUAAUCUUGGAGCAGGAUACAAUGGCUUGCCUUCGGUUAUGUCCGGACUUGAUGACUCAUUGAGCGAUGUGACUCCCAAAAAGAAGUACCCAUUUGAAUUGGAGAAAGCUAUCCACAACGUCAUGUUUAUACAGCAUCACAUGCAGCGUCAGGACGAAUUCAAUGCGGAAGAUCAGGACUGGGGUUUUGUUGCUAUGGUGCUUGAUAGAUUGUUCCUAUGGAUUUUCACCAUUGCUUCCAUAGUUGGUACAUUCGCUAUUUUAUGUGAAGCACCUUCCUUGUACGAUGAUACAAAACCCAUAGAUAUGGUGCUCUCUUCUGUGGCGCAGCAACAGUUUUUGCCUGUGGACAGCGGAGAUUCCUAA